AAAAUUGCAUUCUGUGAUUAGUUAAUUUCAUUUUAAAUGCAAGAGAAAGUAAAAAGGAAAGAAAGCUUCUGAUUAAAUCUAUUUUUUUUGUGUGUCUUUGAUCUGUUAUCUUCCUUUUGCUAUUGUGCAUCAGUUUAAUAACUUGUGGGACAAUUUGACUGACUCCUGAUGUGACCAUGAAAAUUUAUCCCCACUCAAAUAAAGCAGCUAUCAACUAUCAGCAAUCAUCAUCAACAUCACCACCACCAUAAAUAUACCACCACUAUUAGCAUCACUAUCUGCUUCAGUCAUUACUGUUGUUGAUUUUUUUCUCUUUUUGUCUCUCCUUCUACUCACUAACUCACUGACUAAGCCAGUCACUCAGUCAUUCAUUCUUCUAUCUCAUUUUCCUUCUUCUCUCUUCAUCUUCAAAUAUACUUGAAGUCAUAUAUUUAUAUUUUUUUCAUGUAAAAUGAUGCCUCAAGCUUAUCGGAUAUCUUAAUAAUCAGUUAUCUUUAAACUCAGUCCUCUUCUGGUUCUUGAACGAUCCUCCUCGAUCAAAUCUUCAAAUAUUUCUUUCUAUUAACCACUAAACACAAUUGACAAUCAGACAACAACGUUUAUGAAGUUUUUUACAUUGUAACCCGAUCAAAGAUAAUAAUGACAACAUCAACAACAGAAUUGUGAUUUUUUGAUGGAAUUAGUUUAAUCAUGUAUUUUAAAAAUUUGUGUUUCACAGUAUUAUGAUGUUCAAUUACAGCCGCUAUUGGAUUUAUUUUGGAUAUAUUUGUGUUUCAUCUUGCCUGUCAAUUUAAUACAUAGCACUUGGAAUAAAAUAUCGGUUUCUUUUGUUUCUCACCUGUUUUGUUGUAAAAAGGAUCAAACAAAAUGGAUAAAAGAGACUUCAAAACGAGUAAAAUCUUGUCAAUAAUCAAUGAGACUAUUAGUGAUUCAACUGAAAUACCACCAUUACUUUCCAAUGUUUCAACAAUUAAUUCAACAGUUUCGGCUAUAAUUUCUUCAUCUCCAUCAUCAGCAUCUACGUUUCCAGCAUCUACAAUGAUGGUGACUACGAAUACAUCCUCAUUACCAGCGGCCGUUAGCUCCGGUUUUGACGGCAUCGAGUCUGAAUUAAUAGAAAAGAGUUGGAUAUUCUCAUUGGUUAUACUCAUUCUCUACUUAACAUUAACAUUAAUCCAAGCCUAUGCCUUUGUUCGCCAACGAACACGUAAUUUAUUGGUUUAUCUUUUCACAAUUUCACUAGAGAUGUACACAUUAGCGCUGUUCCUCAAUUCCUUAGAUGUAAUACUCUUCCGCUCAGUCAAUGAUGAACCCAAUAUGAUGCCAUUAAUUGUAGAUAUAUUACGGAUUUCAGCUUUGGCUCUAUUCAUUCUGUUUGUUCUUAUAAUUGCCAAAGGAUGGCCAAUAACUCGAUCAGAGGUUACAGCAAAGCCUCUUGUUGCAAUGGCUUGGCUUGCUUACUUGGCCUCUGAAAUACUUUUAUACAGCUGGACUGAGGGAUCCUUGAUUGAAGAGAGUGAGGAUAGAUAUUUAACCCUGCCAGGGUGGAUAAGUUUGGGCUUACGUAUAAUCAUUAUGAUGUGGUUUCUAUUUGAACUACGAGCUACAAUGAUGUUGGAACAAGAUCAACAAAAAUUACGGUUUUACCUUCAUUUUGGUGUUGGUAUUAUGGUUUGGUUUGUUUACCUACCAAUAAUCGUUUUUGUAGGAUCUCAAACAUCAAUUGAAUGGAAGUACAAUUUCAUUUCUGUGUUCUCUCUGUUGGUUAAUUUUCUGGCUUAUGCCGUAAUGGCGCAUUUCCUCUGGCCAACGAAAUUAACAUACCAUUUCCUGACCCACCCAACUGAAUCAGAUUACUCAGAAGGAAUAGAUGAAUACGAGGAAGCAUCCAGAGAUAGCUUUAACUGUUUAUCCCAAAUCAAUUAUGGUAAUGGAAUUCAUCAUCAUAGGUUUGGCCAUGAUCUUCGGUUACCUAGCUCAAAGACGUGAAUCAUUGUGUUUACUUUUCUUUCCCUAAUUUACCUUUAGUUUGUAACUCUUUAUUUUGUGUCUCUCAUUCUCGCUUUAUCUUUCAUCUUCACAAUCCAUCAAUUGAUCCAUUAGUUUCUAACCAUUAUUAUAUAUUACAAUGUAUAAUAACUCACCAUGAAGAUCCUUGAAACAUCUCGUAACUCACAAAACAUUUACCUAUGGGCUUCAAUUCAUCUAAUUUCUCAAACAAUAAUUGUUUACAUUGUCAUGACACAAAAAAAGAAGUCCACUAAUCUCGAACAAAACCUUAGAAAUGAAAGAAAAAUGCCAAACAAAAGCUAAAUUGUAUUUGUUUUGUGAGUUAAUCAAAAGGAAUAGAGACGAAUAACAACUUUCCUUAAAGUUUACAUAAAUCAUGCAUAAACUACUAAAUGAUAAAUAGCUAAGAGUAGAAAUACAAGAAUCAGAUUUUCUCUUGAUCUUCAUGGAAUUGUUAGAAACGUGAUUCUGAGAACAAAUGAUCGCUAUUCCUAAUUCCUUAUUAUCUCGCCAAAUUGUUUAAAAUGUCGAGUAAAAUAUUUAUCCCAAACUAAUGGAUUAAUUCAUAAAGUGAUAGCAAAAAAAAUUGAGAGAAGCUAAGCCCCGAAUUAUUGAUGAUAUUGAAUUUUUUUUAUAGAUUAUUAUUUAUGUAAACUUUUUCUUCUCACUAUCAUUUCUUUUUUUCUACCAAAUUUCCGUUCAAUUAUCUGAUUCUCUUGAACCCUAAAUUUCAGAUGAAAUGUAGUGAUAUGCUAUUGCAACAACAAAGGAAAAGAAAGACAAAGAAAGAGUUUCUAGGAAGUGAAAUGCAGCAAAAUUAUGAGACAUCCUUAAAAAGCUUUUAAGACUCAUAAUAGCAACUGUAACCACCUCCAAAAUAAAACUAGGGAAUCGAUUGCUCAAAUGAUAUUAGACAGCAAAAAAUGUAAUGAAAUUGCAUUUUCAUUUGUUGUGUGAGUUUGAAAAACAAUGUAAAUUGACUAGGAAGGAGAAGGAAGUUUAUUAUUGCAAAUGUGUGUCCAGUAAAUCCUAAAUGGAUUGAUUGUGAUACACAGACUAAUAAAGUCAGGAAGUCACGCUAAUUCUGAUCCUUGAAACUGAAAACAAUAAUCAACAUAUACAAUAUGCUUCUAAACCCUUUCAUUGUAUAACAGAUGAAAAAGGUCAAUGAUCUCUCUUUAUUUCUCUUUCUUUCUCAUCAUUUAUCUUCUCUCUCUCAAUUUUUACCUUAAUUUCUUUUCCCUCUACUUUCUUUCUUACGCCCAACCAAUUGAUUUUUUUUGUAUUAUGUAAAUAUGUUAUCCAUCUAGAAUCAUGUAAAAUAAUAUAAACACACACAAAAAAACGCAAAAACAAUCAUCGCCAUGAAAAGAAAAGCAAACCCAACCAACCAACUCUGUACACUGUUAAACAAGCCAUUUACCACCAAAGUCCUGUUAUAGAUGCCUUGAUGUAAUCAUCACCCUGACAAAAGCAACAUCAACAAAUCAACGAAUCAAAUACACAAAAUUUCAUUCAUGAAGAAAGCCAAACCGGAACAAUUUUUCAUGGAAAACAAAAAAGGAACGAUUAAAAGAUGAACAAGAUGCGAUCUCAUCAUAGCUCAUGCAUUAAUGUCAAUUAAGUGCUAAAAUCUUUAAAUUGUUUUGUUUUUUGCUCUUUUACCUACUGAUUUUAAACCUUUCCUGAUGAUUUCACCCUUCUUUUCAGGGCAACUCUUCUCUCCUUACCUUAGAUUUUAUGCUCAAUUUAAUUAUUGUUACUAUUAUUGAUCUUCAUUAAGGAGAGAAGAAGAGGAUCAAAUCAUCUUUUAAAACCUUUUUACCUUCUUUUUUCUCCUUUUAGUGUAAACCCUUUUUCAACUCUGAAUCCAUCUUAUUGCUCAUCUUUCAACUUUCAUCUUUUUUAUUCCUCCUUCUUUCGAUUUUAUGUCUAAAUCCAAUCACUUUUUUGCUCCUUUUUUUCAUCGAUUGCAAUCUAUGGAAUCAUCGAACAAUUCUUGAUGUAACAUUAAUUUACUAAUUUCAUCUUUUCUUCACUUCCUUCUCUUCUUCCUUUCUUCCCAUCUUCACUCUACUCUUAUCCUGUUUCCAUCGAUUACAAUAUUACUUUCCAUUUUUCCCUGCAAUCUGUCAAAAAAGUUUGUCUCGCACAUUAAGAGCUAAUCAAGAAAAAGAUGAUAAAUUUAUAUAUAGUCACUCAUACUGUAUAAAUAUAAAUACCGUUCAUGGUUAUAAAUAAAACAUUUCAAUAGAA